UGUACUCGAAAAGUAAGCCUCCUUCCUCGAGGAGGCUUGCCGUAAGAGUGUGACCUGUACCGAAAGUAAUUAAAUUCACGCUGUAAACUAAACUGACCAUCAGUGCCAACUAAAAGUUAGUAGCGAGGAAUAAAACAUCGUCAUUCGAAGCCGUCACUCGAUAAAGGACAGCGAGCCAAAUCAUAGCAACAUCGGCGACGAGGCAAUGGAGGGCGCAGAGGUGCUCGUUCCCGUGGCUCCUCCGACUACUCCCCCGACGGGACCAUUGGACGCUGGUAGACGCACCUGUCCGUGGGGCAAUGCGUCUUCGAGACCGCAAGAGAACGUCUCUCUCGCGGACGUCAUGAGCGAACAGCUCGCCCGUGCCUUGGAGAACGAAGAGUUGGUCACCUCAGCGCAGGGGGACCACCCUGCAGUGCCUUACGAAGCAGUGGCAGCAGCGGAGGUCUUUGCAUCGCCUGAGGACUGCAGUGACGACCAUGCUCUGGCGCUCUUGUUGCAAGCCGAGUACGACCGUGAGCAUGACACCGUGCUGGGUGUUGAAGAAAGAAAAUUCAAUGGCAAGAGCAAAGUGAGUGUUUCAUUUGACAACUACCGACGAGCACGGGAGCCAGUGCUGUCGGACUCCGAGGAUGAAGACGAGGAUGGGCUCGACGGUGGCUUGGGAUUCGGGGGUGCCCGACACUGGGACUCGUUUGAGCGAGACCAACGUACUGCACAGGCAAUUGGCCGCUCCGGUGUGGCCCGUCAGCCUGGCGGAGGCUUCACCACCAAGCACGAUGCCACUGUCUGUGGACGCCGAAAUGCGUGCCGGGUGAUGGAGCUGCCCCCUGGCAUCUCGACGGGGGACGGUGGUGGCUUUGACAUGCGGCUGUCCAAUCACGUGUACAAUUCCCUCAAGGUGCACUCGGCCCAGGAAGGGCGCCGGGCCGCCCGGCUACACGACAAGCGAGAGAAGGCCACUGCGGAGCAAUCGCUGGAUCCAAACACGCGACUGGUGCUCUACAAGCUGCUCAACAGGGAGAUUCUCAAUGAGAUGAACGGCUGCAUCAGCACAGGCAAGGAGUCCUGUGUCUUCUACGCUGCUGGUGGAAAGAGUGAGGAGUUUGCGGUGCCCGCGGAGUGUGCAGUGAAGGUGUUCAAGACUACGCUGAACGAGUUCAAGAACCGGGAACAGUACAUCCGCGAGGACUUCCGUUUUCGAGAACGCUUCAACAAGCUAAACCCACGGAAAGUCAUCCACCUCUGGGCAGAAAAGGAGAUGCACAACCUGAGGAAGAUCGAGCGUGCCGGCCUGCCCUGUCCCUCGGUGGUGCUCCUCAAGAAGCACCUGCUGGUGAUGUCUUUUGUGGGCGUGGACGGUGUGCCGGCCCCACAGCUGCGAGAGGCAGGUCUGGUUGGUGAGCAACUCGAGAGUGCGUACGCACAGACAGUGCAGCUGGCCAGCGACCUGUAUGAACGUUGCCAGCUGGUACAUGCGGACCUGAGCGAGUACAACUUGCUGUGGCACCAGGGCCGGGUGGUGAUCAUCGACGUGAGCCAGGCCGUGGACCGAAUGCACCCUCACGCCCUCGAGUUCCUCCUGAGAGACUGCACCAACGUGUCUAGGUUCUUCCAAAGACAAGGCCUACCUGACGUCCUGAGCCCCAAGGAUCUGUUCACGCGCGUCUGUGGCCUCAACCUGCCUGGUGAAGGGGCUGAACUGCUUUCCCAGAUUCAGAAUUACGAGAAGGACAAGGAGCUGCUGACAAAGGAAAAUCAGCGGAAAGCAGAUCUCUUCGAGACGCUUUUUGAGAAGUCGAUGGAGAAGAAAUUGAGGAUAGGGAACGAGUCUGCUGCCAAUCCAGAAGCAGCCAGAGAACAAGUCAGUCAAGCGGCACAGUCUGACUGACAGCCAAGCCUCCUGUGGCCUUCGGUUCUUUCUUAGAAGAUUUUUACUACUACUAUGUCAGUUGUGACAAACAAAAGUGUAAAUAAAAGUAGACUCUAGUGA